AUGGAGAAUGGAGAUGGAUUUGUCAUGAUGAAAGUCAGUGGAAUAUUACGAGUUUAUAAGACAAAAUUAAUAGGACAAGUUAUUGAGGAUUCUCAGAAUGGUUCAAGAAGAGUAGUCACUCUGAGUGACUGCAAUGGACCAGGACUAGCGGAGUGUAUGGUGACACCCAGUGACAGCUGUAACUCUCUUGUGCAACUACUGUGUCUCACGGCAGCUGCCUGUACUAACGGAACUAUAAGACUGGUAGGUGGAUCCACUGACAGAGAGGGACGAGUGGAGGUGUGUAUGGGUGUUCGCUGGAGGACAGUUUGCACUGGCAGUCAAGACCUGGCAGUUCUGGCAAGAGGCGUUUGUUUACGAAUAGGAAUUGAAAGUUUAGUAUUAGAAGGAAGCACUGUGGCAGUAACUAACUCAUUUCCUCCUGGAGCAUUUCCAGAGCACAGCCUGGAGUGCAUGCAGCAAUCUGAUGGGGAGUUGCAAUGUAGUCUAGUUAAACAACGAUGUGACAGCUUUGUGGAGCUUGGAGUUGUUUGUAAGAACUAUGAAGAUCUAUACAAUGAAUGUUCUAGGAAUAGUACACUCUCUACAUUGUCAACUAGCGUACAUGCAACUACACAGUUACCUAAUACAACAUGCACCCCUGACUCUACACGUGCUAACAAUUCCACCAGCUUCAUUGCUGGCAUUGGUGUUAUUGGAGUACUGGUGGCUCUGUUACUAGCCGUGUCAGUUGGUUGGAUAGUGUCUUGUGUUAUUCUACUCAGAAGAGGACAGACUGUGCACAAACAACAUGUUGAUGCAGGUACUAUCUCAACAAGGAGCAAUCAGAGAUACACACAACAGGACAUCAACACACAGCUCUACGCUGAGGCCACCCAACCUGAUCAUAUAACCUACAGUAGACUGAACAGAAGUGAUAAACAGAUGGAGGAAAUUGCUACCUACGAUUACGCUGAUCCCAAUCAGAUAAGAGUAGAGUGUUCCCAAGCAACCAACCCACCACCAGUGAGUGGUGAAGCUAUCGUGAGAGAAGAGGAGUUCUACAUUGCUGAGGAUCACACGUACGCAGCUGUCAAUAAGAAAGCCAAGAAGAAAAAGAAGCCGAAGAGUGUAGAAUCUGAUGGAGAGGGGGAAAGUGAAGCCCCGCCUCCUUUUGUCAGCACCCUGGCUGAAGUGUAGGGUAAGGGUGACGGAACACUGCAUGUGAACUGAGAUAUUGAACGUUACAGGCUGUAAGAUGUCCAUAGUUACUGUAGUAUAGUAUAGAGAGAGAGUGAAUUAUGUGAUGUAGUAUGCUCAGUUUUAGUAAAAUUAAUUAUAAUUGA